AUGCAUAGUCUUACGAGAACUCUGAACUGUGUGUGAUAUUCUUCGAGUUGAGUCAAAGAGCCAGGAUAUAGAAAUCCUUAAUUUAGAAUAAAAUGAAUAAUUUAAUAUUUUUGACAUUGGCUUUAUUUUUGGCAGUUGUUGCUGCACGGCCACAAGAAGUCAUACCAAUUCUUAGGCAGGAGCAAGAAGUAAAUUUUGAUGGUUCCUACAAGUAUUCAUAUGAAACUGGUAAUGGAAUUAUAGCCGAAGAACAGGGUUAUCUGAAAAAUCCUGGCAGCAAUGCAGAAGCACAGGUUGCCGAAGGUUUCUUCUCCUAUACAGCACCUGAUGGCACUCCCAUUCGUAUUACAUAUGCAGCCGAUGAGAAUGGUUUUGUUCCACAGGGUGAUCAUAUUCCCACACCACCACCAAUUCCAGAGGCCAUACAAAAGGCUUUGGCCUAUUUAGCUACAGCUCCACCACCACCACAGGAACCCUCUUCGGGUGGCCGUAAUACAUUUGGACGAGGUUAAAUGCC